AUGCUUAGUGGUGGGGGGAAGGCUCAACGCAGUAUAGGUUCAACCGGUCGACAGAAUAGAUGCGCACAAAUUUCAGCAUCCGAUUCCGGUUCGAGAAUUAUCCGUGUUUGCAGUGAAUAGUGUGCCCACGAUCUACGCAAUGAAGCCCAAUCCAACCUCCGAUCGAUCCUGGCUAGCCGUCCUUCUGGUAGUGCUGUGUAUCGCCGUGAAUUACGGUGCCGGUUUGCAAGAAGGUGAACAGUGUACCCAUCAGGGGGAACCCGGAGUCUGCACGCCGUACUCGAGAUGUAAACCCACCAAUCGGAUCACCGUGUGCCGCUAUUCGGCCCAGGAAGCGAUCGUCUGCUGUCCCCAGUCAAUGGUACCGUCCGGCAACAGCAGACCCGUGGGUCUAUCGGCGUCGUCCGGCUUUACGAGCUCCCGUGAUAAUAGCGAAAGGAUCAGCGCCCAAAAGUGCAACGAGUACAAGCAGCUGACCACCAAGAGUGUAUCGAUCAGUGCGCUCACCCUGAAUCCGACGCUGGUGCAGAUCGAGGUAUCCAAGUGUGACACGGUGGUGAAGUUGAUCGUCGGUGGUAACGUGACGAAACCGGGCGAGUUCCCGCAUAUGGCCGCCAUCGGUUGGCCACUACCAUCCGGUGGCUAUUCUUUUGAUUGCGGUGGCUCGUUGAUCAGUGAGUACUACGUCCUAACGGCGGCUCACUGCUACUUGGAGAAUGACGAUGGUGCUCUACCCACGAUCGUACGGUUGGGUGAUCAGAACCUGUACCGCACGGACGACGGUGCCGAACCGGCCAACUACGACAUCCUGCGCUUCAUCCUGCAUCCGGCGUUCAAGUGGAGGGAAGGAAAGUACAACGAUCUCGCACUGAUUCAGCUUCGGCAGCGUGUCAUCUUUACCGACUUUAUCCGUCCGGCGUGUCUGUACGAGGGUGAGCUACAGCCGCUGAGUACGGCCAUCGCGACCGGCUUCGGACUGACGGAGGGUUUCGGUACGAAGGCGAACGAGCUGCGCAAAGUGUCGCUGUACGUGUACGAGAACGAGGUGUGCGGCGUACGGUAUCGCUCGAAUCGCCACAUCCGGCUAGGGAUCAUGGAUUCUCAAAUUUGUGUUGGUGACCAGGCGGGGGGAAAGGAUACAUGCCAGGGGGAUUCUGGAGGACCGCUGCAGAUCACGCGCGGUGAGAACCAGUGCACGUUCUACAUCGUCGGACUGACGUCAUUCGGGCAGGCCUGUGGCAGUGCCGUACCCGCCAUCUACACCAAGGUAAGCGCAUACCUGGACUGGAUCGAAUCGGUUGUGUGGCCAUACUGAGUGCAGCGGGACCCACGGAGCUAGCUGGCGGACGCACCCUUUAGAUCCCUUAAGAUCGCUCAAUCCGCACAACACGGAACGAAGAUGCAGUUUCGAGGUGAUAACCAAUAUCAAUAAACAC